AUGCGGCUCCGCUCGCGGCGGGCACGAGACCCCCGCGCCGCGCCCCUCCCCCGCCCCGAGGAGGGCGGCGACCCCCGCACGGGCCGGGGCCGGAGGCGGAGGCGGGUCCCACCGGCCCGUGUCACCCGCCAGUCCCGGGAGCAGUCCGAUGUGCUACGGAAGCCCUCAGGAUGGGUGGUUUUGGCUGGCAAGUUGCACCGUUCGCAGCUGGAUCGCCUGUCCUUUGGACUUUUUGGUGGUUUGUACUGCAACACAUACUUAAGAGAACCUACGGCGCUCGGACGGGGACGGCACGACCGGCCCCCGGCUGCGUGGAGGAAAGGGGCGGGCGGGCCUGCGGGUUCCCGCGGAGAGAGCCCCGCCGCGGACAUCGCAGUGCGGGGCACGGCGGCGCCCCCGUGGCACGCGUCCGCGCGUGUGUACGUGGCUCCUGACGUGGAGAGCCCCGGCGGCGGGGCGCGCGCGCCGGACGCACGCACGCACGCACGCACGCCGGAAGCGAGGGUGCGGCCCCGGCCCGACCCGCGUGCCCCGGCAGGCCCGCGGGCGCUGGUGUGUGCGCGCGAGGCGGCCCUCGGGGCGCGGGCCCGGCCUUGCAGCCGGUUCCACAUGAGUCCCCCGUGGACGCUCGGGAGGCGGCGCCCCGGAGGUUUCCUGUGUCCGCCUGCUGUGUUGAGUAGCCGCGGCGCGGGCACCCCGGCCCCGGCGCUGCCCUACAGGAGCGCGCCCAACUGUUUCAUCUCAAGUUGUGCUGAAGAGAAUAUGGGCUUGACUUUGGAAAGAGUAAGGAUAGGAGACCCAACGGUUCUGAGACAUCUGAGAACCACUGAUUGGCCAGUCUGUUAUCUGCAGGAUCUACUUUUCUUAAGGAUGAGCAUAUUUUGGUCCAUAGGUUUCCAAGACAAGCACAUUCCUGCCAACAUGAUCCCUGGACAAGCUGUUCUGGAAUUUGAACUUGCUACUGAAAAGGGGUUAAGUCCAGGACACACACACUCAUUUCAGUGGGGGGUGAGCCAUAGUUGGCUAUGUUAGCACCUCAUUAUACAACAGUUUCAGAAUAAAGUGAUUCCAGAUGUGCUCUCAGCAAGUACCUAGUACUUAUGUUUUUAAUCCAUUAGGCUAAAAUCCACCUUUCUGAAUAUGGGAGGAACCUGAAGUUAGUUAAUUAACUAGUAAUUCCUAGUUACUUUAUAAAGUUGAUUCUAAAUUGGCCAUAAUUUGCAGGAUACUUUAAGCUAGCUGAUUCCAACCUUAUAAAACAUAGAUAUUUACACAUACAUACGUGUAUUCACACACAUAUGUAUCUGAUUAGGAUUAGAAGUUCAUUUUGAGUACCAGUUUGAUGAACAUGAAGUUCCUCUGUCCAUCUAAGGAGUAGUAAUUUAGUUUCCUUCUUCUGACUAAUGAAACUGCUUGUCAUUCUGAAGACCAACUUCAUGGGAAGUCCUGGUUAAAGACUCCCCCUCUCCUUUGCCUUUUUUGUUUGUUUGUUUUAGAUUUUAUUUAUUCAUGAGAGACACAGAAAGAGAGAAAGAGAGGCAGAGACACAGGUAGAGGGAGGAGCAGGCUCCAUGCAGGGAGCCCUAUGUGGGACUUGAUCCCGGGACUCCAGGAUCAUGCCCUAGGCCAAAGGCAGGUACCAAACCGCUGAGCCACCCAGGGAUCUCCACUCUUCUUUGCCUUUUUAAACACAGUUGACAUUUUUCACUUCAUAAACUUUGUAACCUGAACUUAUAAACAAGAAUUAAAGAGAAAAAGUGCCAAAGGU